AAGAGCCAAUCAGGAGUCUGGCUUCGCGGACUCGGGGGAGGGACGAGCCGAGGAACCUGUCUGGCGCGACCGCCCCGCGCGAGACCCGAGCCGCGGCUGCUGGAUAGCGGGCGCCGCCUCAGGACCGCGGGGCGCCGAGGGAUUGUCUCCCCUGGACAUAAUGUUGAGUGGGGAUGAUCAGCGAUCACGGGCUUUCGCCAAACCCGCUUUCAGUGAGGCGCAAGCAUGUGCACUAGUGGAAUCAGUAUUUGGGUUCAAAGUUUCCAAGAUCCGGCCACUUCCUAGCUAUGAUGACCAGAAUUUCCAUAUAUGCAUUUCAAGAGCGAAAGACACUGCAGAUGGCCCAACUGAGUAUGUCCUCAAAAUAAACAACACCGAGUCCAGCAAAACUCCAGACCUGAUCGAGGUGCAGAGCUGCAUCAUCAUGUUUCUGAGAGCGGCUGGGUUUCCAACAGCCUCCGUGUGUCGUACGAAGGGAGACAACAUAACCUCCCUCGUGUCCGUAGAUAGUGGCUCCGAAAUCAAAAGCUACUUGGUGAGGCUGCUGACUUACCUCCCAGGAAGACCCAUAGCUGAGGUUCCCAUGGGCCCCCAGCUACUGUUUGAGAUCGGGCGGCUAGCUGCCAAAUUGGAUAAGACACUGGAGAAAUUCCAUCACCCACAGUUAAGUAGUCUUCACCGGGAGGACUUCAUCUGGAAUCUGAAAAAUGUUCCUCUUCUGGAGAAAUAUCUGCACGCCUUGGGCCAGAAUCGAAAUCGCGAGAUUGUCGAACAGGUCAUUCAGCGGUACAGGGAUGAAGUGAUGACCAAAUUAAGUCAGUUUCGAGAAUGCAUCAACCAUGGAGACCUUAAUGACCAUAACAUUUUGAUAGAGCCCAGCGAGUCGGCCUGUGGAGAUGCUACGUAUCGAGUGUCCGGGGUUGUGGACUUUGAUGACAUGAGCUAUGGCUACUAUGUGUUCGAAGUGGCAAUCACCAUCAUGUACAUGAUGGUCGAAAGCAAGACCCCUGUACAAGUGGGCGGUCAUGUCCUCGCCGGGUUCGAAAGUAUAGUCCCGCUGACACCGGUAGAAAGGGGUGCUUUGUUUCUACUUGUGUGCAGUCGAUUUUGUCAGUCACUUGUCAUGGCUGCAUACUCUUGCCAGCUGCACCCAGAGAAUGAAGAAUAUCUCAUGAUUACUGCAAAAACUGGAUGGAAGCACUUACAGCAAAUGUUUGACACGGGCCAGAAAGCUGUAGAAGAAAUCUGGUUUGACACCGCCAAGUCCUACGAAUCUGGGAUCUCCAUGUGACUGCAUAAAAGUUCACAUUAACUCGUGUAAUUAAAAACUCAAUAGGACCAAAUCUAAUCCUUUAAGGGAUUUCCCUGCACCGUCAAAAAUGAGUUGAUGGAACAUAUCAAUGCAUGUGAAGUCGCCAAGGUCUUCAAUCUCACGAUGAUUUUUUUAAACUAAGAAAUACUACAUGAGCUGUCACGUC